AUGUCUGGCUUCGAUGCAGGUCGCGUGUACUCAACGCAGGCCGUUGCUGUAUCAUCCACAGCACAAGCUCCAGAUGCACCCGUACAAAAUGAGACGGCCUUGUUCGAGUUUGUCCAGAAUUUCCGACUAGGUGCUGAGUACAUUUAUCGUGACCGGCUACGAUCCAACUUGCUUGUGAAGCAGUACGUGCUUGAUGUACAGCUCGAGCACAUUCAGAUGUGGAGCCCGCAUCUUGCGCAGGCUCUGCGCGAGACGCCUGCUGAAAUUCUAUCGCUAUUCGAGGCGGCUGUCAAGCGUUCCGCGCGUCUUCUUUUGUACCCCGUGAGCGCGGGCACAGAGCGUCCUGAAGCGCCUGAUUGUCAAGUGACGCUUCGAUCAUCGGCAAAUUUGAUGGCAAUGCGGGACUUGCAUGCAGAAAACAUAUCACGACUUGUUCGCAUCCCGGGUAUCGUCAUUAGUACGUCGGUGCCAUCGUCGCGCGUCACACAUCUGCAUCUCAUGUGCCGGGACUGUCGAGCCGUAAAGACCAUUCUCGUAUCAUCUGGAUUUGGCGGUUUCGUCUUGCCGCGGCAGUGCGAUGCCCCCAAAGUUGAUCCUAGUCUAAAAUGCAGUGUGGAUCCUUUUGUCAUUUUGCAUGAACGAUGCUUGUUUGUGGAUGCUCAAACGAUCAAGUUACAAGAGGCGCCGGAUAUGGUCCCAGUGGGCGAACUUCCACGACACAUGCUCCUAUCUGUCGAUCGUGCGCUAUGUGGCAAGGUCGUGCCGGGUGCGAAUAUCAUCGCCACGGGCAUUUUUUCAACCUUCUCGAGCAGUCGAGGUGGCUCAACGCCGAAUGCUGUGGCGCUUCGAACACCAUAUCUGCGCGUUGUAGGACUGGAAGUGGAUGCUGGUGGCGUGAGCGGACGAGGCGUAUCGCGUGUAUUUACAGCUGAAGAGGAGGAGGAAUUUGGACGCAUGUCCAAGUCGCCUGACUUGUACGAAAAGUUUUCUGCCAGUAUUGCGCCGAGUAUUUUUGGCAGCAACGACAUUAAAAAAGCCAUUACGUGCUUACUUUUUGGAGGAUCAAAGCGUGUGCUUCCUGAUGGUAUGCGUCUUCGUGGUGAUAUUAACGUGUUGCUACUCGGUGAUCCCGGUACAGCUAAAAGUCAAUUGCUCAAGUUUGCAGAAAAAGUCGCGCCUAUCGCAGUGUAUACAAGUGGAAAGGGCAGCAGUGCAGCAGGUCUGACGGCAUCUGUCCAGCGCGAUGCAAACUCCCGCGAAUUCUUCCUAGAGGGCGGCGCGAUGGUAUUGGCCGACGGUGGUGUCGUGUGUAUUGAUGAAUUUGAUAAGAUGCGAGACGAAGACCGUGUCGCGAUCCAUGAAGCCAUGGAGCAGCAGACGAUUUCGAUUGCCAAAGCGGGUAUCACGACGGUCCUCAACUGCCGUACAUCCGUACUGGCAGCAGCAAAUCCCGUAUGGGGCCGUUACGACGACCUCAAGUCCCCAGGCGAGAACAUUGAUUUUCAAACGACCAUUCUGAGUCGGUUUGAUAUGAUCUUUAUUGUUAAGGACGAGCAUAACGAGUCACGGGACCGCACGAUUGCCAAGCACGUUCUUGGAAUCCAUAUGCACGGCUCUACCGACCAGACCGAUGCGGAGGGUGAGAUUGACCUGCAGCGUAUGAAACGCUAUAUUGCUUAUUGCCGUGCGCGGUGUGCUCCGGUCCUGACGAACACCGCUGCUGAGAAAUUGUCGAGCCACUUUGUUGCUAUUCGAAAGCAGGUUGCACAAAUGGAGCACGAUCAUGACGAGCGCUCUGCCAUUGCCAUCACAGUUCGUCAACUCGAGGCCAUCAUCCGUAUGAGCGAGAGCAUUGCCAAGGUGACGCUCAGUCCAUAUGCGACUGAAGAGCAUGUGGACGAGGCGAUCCGUCUGUUCCGUUUCAGCACCCUCAAUGCCGUGGAGAGUGGUAAUGUAGAAGGCAUGACGCGUGGUGAGUUGCAAGAAGAGGUCCAGAAACUCGAGCGGGAAAUUCGGCGGCGUAUCCCGAUCGGCUGGACGACAUCCUAUGCUCGACUUCGAAUGGAAUUUGUUGAUGCCCAGGGCUACUCAUUACACGCUCUCGAGCGUGCGCUCUAUAUCCUCGAAAAGCGCGACGUCUUGCGCUUUUCGAAUCAGCGCAAGACCAUGACUCGUACGGGUGUGUAG